AAUUGUGCCUACUUCCCCAGUUGAGGUAAAGAACCGGAAGUUGGUCCGAUUUGCACUGCGUUCCCCCGGCAACACUUCCGGUCCGGCCCGCUUUUCCUCAGAUUCGGCGUUUGCCGAUCCGAAUGGCGGCGACUGGCUUCGUUUGGCCGCUGGCGCUUUGGAUGGUGGUAGUCGCAGCGGCGGCGCCGACGAACACGGAUAAGACGGAACCCGUCGAGACCGCGUCUCUCCCUCCUUCCCUGCCGCCGAAAGAGAAAAGCCUCGAGAGUGCCCUCCGGCCCGCUUCCACCGCCACAACCACGACGACAUCCGGGUCCCCGUCAUCGGGGCUGUCGGGAUUGGGCCUCCCGGCCCUUCACCGCGCACUCUACGUCGUGGCCGGCCUGUUGGGCAUCGGCCUCCUCUACUACCUCGGAGGCCGCACGUUUCGGACAAGGAAACCUCCACGGAAAAAAUACGGACUUCUCUCCAACUCGGAAGAUCCCAUGGAGAUGGCUUCUCUGGAGAGUGAUGAAGAUACGGUAUUUGAAAUAAGGAAUGUGAGACGGUGAUAACAGGACUGGUGGGUUUUCCAGCUGGACCAGAGAAGAAGCCGUCUCACCAAGGGAAGAAGAAACUCAAACCUCUGUUAACUUUAAAAAGAAAAAGAAAAAAAUCCCUGAAGCUCCUUGCGACGUGAAAACCCAGCAGUGUGAAACUUCCUCUUCCAGGCCCUUCGAACAAGAGAACAGUCGUACAGCCAUGACAGUGAAUGUAUCUGCCUGGAGUUGCAAAAUCGCAGUGGGAGAAAAAAAUUACGAGGGAUUCCUCAGGGUGGUGGGUCUUUCUACCUUGGUCGCCAAUUUGGAACCAGCAGCUGAGAUGCAAAGCUGCCAUUCACAGUUUGAAGCGGGUACCGGCCGCCUCCGCUUGGGAUGGGAUCUUUCUUCUCGGGAAAGCUGGAGACCUUCUUACGGUUGGAAAAUUCAAGGAUGCACUUUGCGGCGGGCGCCGCCCUGAGUCCAGGAGGUGAGGGGGUGUGGCACAUUGGAGGACACCAGAGCCCACCAGGUCAGAUCAUUCACCAGCUUCUGCGUUAAGGAACUGCAGGCGGCCCACCUCGUUUGGCCUCUGCCUGGAUUUCCUCUUCUACUUUUCCUUUGGUUGUGUCAUUGAGACCAAUAUAUAUAUAUGGCUGCCUGCUUUUGAAUCUGGCUGUUGGUGAAGCAAUAUCAUUCCAUAAACCGUUGGAGCAAGCAAACACUCAAGCAGUUAAGUUUGACGACUAUAAACACGGUGCUGGCACCUGGUAAUUUUUGCAAGGAAAUUUCUUUUCCUUUUUUUCAGUGGAUUCCAUUUCACUGACCCCCUGUUUAAGGCUCAACUUGAUUCACGUUGACCCAUCCCUUCUUCUCCCGGGGAGAAGCAACACAAAACCACUACAGUUUGCUUAGCAAUUGGAAAAAAAAACAUGUUUACAAAUGGAGAGCAGAAAAUGCUCCAUUAGCAUCUUAAAAAUGUAACGAGACAGCAGCUGUACUUGGAGAGAGUGCAAUGUAGAGCAGUAGCUGCAAACAAAAAUUAGUAAAACUUGGCCCUUCUUGGAUAGACAAGAAAGAUACUCUCCCUCCCGCCCCCAAAUAAAUUAAUCCAGGUCAUAUUGAACAUUUAAUCCGUUGCAGUUCUUAACCUCCGAUGGGAUCAUAUACCAGCGCAAAUCCGUUUUAAAGUAAUAUUUCCAGUU